GGGAGGGGAGAGGAGCUUCAGGUACUCGUCCGGCUGGCCUUCAGCUGGAGGCCGUCAGGGAGGGGGCUACUGGCGCCUAGCCGGGAGUCUGGGCUGUGUCCUCCAGCUGCAGAGCCCUGGGCGCCCUGCGGGCGGUGCCGGUGGGCGGAGACUCCUGCCCUGCCACAGGCGCUUGGCCUCUGGCUCGCGGGUGGUCGCCAUGUGAUGCGUGGGCGGGGCGGGGCGGGGCGCGGCCGGCCCCUGCAGCACCGAGGCGGGGGCUAAAGCUGCCUGUUGCUCGUGACCGGCUUCCGCGGCAGGAAUUUGGCCUGCAAGGAACAAUGAGCAGAAUGAAUACCUCACAGGACCAGAGUGGCUGCUCCAGUAACAGAGAACCCCUUCUGAGGUGUAGUGACGCACGGAGGGAUUUGGAGCUUGCUAUUGGUGGAGUUCUCCGGGCUGAACAGCAAAUUAAAGAUAACUUGCGAGAGGUCAAAGCACAGAUUCACAGUUGCAUAAGCCGUCACCUGGAAUGCCUUCGAAGCCGCGAGGUAUGGCUAUAUGAACAGGUAGACCUCAUCUAUCAGCUUAAGGAGGAGACACUUCAGCAGCAGGCCCAACAGCUCUACUGGUUAUUGGGCCAGUUCAAUUGUCUUAUUCAUCAACUGGAGUGUACCCAAAACAAAGAUCUAGCCAAUCAAGUCUCUGUGUGCCUGGAGAGACUGGGCAGUUUGACCCUUAAGCCAGAAGAUACAACUGUCCUGCUCUUUGAAGCGGACACAACUGCUCUGCGCCAGACCAUCACCACAUUUGGGUCCCUCAAGACUGUUCAAGUUCCUGAGCACUUGAUGGCUCAUGCUACUUUAUCCAAUACUGGGCCCUUCCUAGAGAAAAGAGGCUCUCUCCCAGCUCCUGAGCAGCAGAAGCCAGCAUCCAGCAUCACAGCUGUCCCUCUCAGCGAGUGGCUUCUUGGAAGCAAACCUUCAAGUGGUCGUCAAGUUCCUUACAUACCCAGCACCAACCCCCAGGACUGGCUCACCCAGAAGCAGACCUUGGACAAUAGUCAGACAUCUGCUAGACCCUGCAGUUCCUUCAGUAAUGUCUGGGGCAACUUAAAAGGCUUGGAAAACUGGCUUCUGAAGAGUCAACAAGAAGUUCCUGAUAAACCAAAUUAUCAAAACCGUAAUAGCCAUUCUAGUACCAGUUCUUUCUCCUUUGAAAAUGAAAAGGCUGAAGACGUACAGCUGCCUGAUCAAGAUGAGAUGGACCUGUCUGAGUGGCUAGUGACUCCCCAAGCGCCCCGUAAGCUGGAGAAGCCUGAGAAUGACAGCCGUGAGACCAGUGAGAAGUAUAAGCUCUUGUUUCAGUCCUACAGUGUGAGUGAUUGGCUAGUCAAGCCUGACUCCUGUACCAACUGUGGUGGCAACCAGCCCAAAGGUGUGGAGAUUGAAAACCUGGGCAAUCUGAAGUGCCUGAAUGACUACUUGGAAGCUAAGAAACCAUUGUGCCCCCCUAGCAUAAUUACUGAGGAAUGGCUUGUCCAGAACCAUCAGGACCCAUAUAAAGUAGAGGAGGUAUGCAAGGCCAAUGAGCCCUGCACAAGCUUUGCAGAGUGUGUGUGUGAUGAGAAUUGUGAGAAGGAAGCUCUGUGUAAAUGGCUUCUGAAGAAAGAAGGAAAGGAUAAAAAUGGGAUAUGUGUGGAACCCAAAUCUGAGCCUGAGAAGCAUAAAGAUUUCCUGAAUAUGUGGCUCUGUCCUUCCAGAAAAGAGAUAGUGGAACAAGCUAAGGCACCAAAGGCAAUGACUCCUGCUAGAGUUGCUGAUUCCUUGCAAGUCAUAAGGAACAGUCCCUUAUCAGAAUGGCUCACCAGGCCCCCAAGCAAAGAAGGAUGUCCCAAGGAAGUGCCUGGUACUGAGGAUAGAGCUGGCAAACAAAAGGUUAAAAACCCUGCGAUCCCUUCCUGGUGCCCCUUUAACACAGCUGACUGGGUCUUGCCAGGAAGGAAGAUUGGAAACCUCAACCAGUUGUCCUCUGGCGAAGACAAAUGGCUACUUCGAAAGAAGGCCCAGGGAGUAUUACUUAAUCCACCCCUACAAGAAGAACGUAACUUUCCCCUUAACCGUUAUGGUCUCCCUGCAGUUUGUGAUCUCUUUGCUUGUAUGCAACUUAAAGCUGAUAAAGAGAAGUGGUUGUAUCGAACACCUCUACAGAUGUGAAUGAAUAGACUGGAGUUGAGCAGCUUUUCUGCAGAUUACACAUCUCCAUGAGCUGAGUGACUGCUGCUUGCCAAAUUAUCGUUUCUGGGUCUGACCAGUCAGCUUAGUUUCUUUCCUGCCUAAUUUUGAACUAGUGAAGCGAAAUAAAUCAUCAGAUUAUGAGUUACUAUGUGAAAGAAAAAGGCUGUUGUUGAUGUGCUAUGGUGAUUUAGUUCCUUCCUUCUUACAGAAGUAUCAAUUUAAGUCACCCCCACUCCCACCCUAGAGAUGCAGCAUCUUGGUAGAUAGGUCUUUUUCACAAGUCUCCAAAGUUCCUAGACUGGGCUGUUACUCAAAGUACAUUAAAACACUGUAUAGUUUUAAAAAUGAACUAUUUCUGUAAUCAAGAGGGUAUUGAUGUAUUCUAAACCUAGUAAACUUCUCUAACCUUUUGAGUGCCCUUUAGUUGAUGGUUUUCUUCUGUUAGUGUUCUGUGAUUUUUGUUUAUAGUGUUAUUUUGCAAAAAUAAUCAACCUCGCCAAUACAGUGAUUACCAAAAUGUCUAUUCAUAAUCUUGGCAGUUUUGACAUUAAUUAC